AUGGCACAUGAUGACGAGGUGGAACCACCUCCGGCGCUGCUAAGGGAAACCCUGGCUGAAGCAAAACGCAGGAAAAUCGGCGUUAUCAUAGGCACUGACGCGAACUCCCAUCACACCUGCUGGGCAAGUUCUAACAUCAAUGCACGAGCGUUAACGGCUAAUUACCAUCACUUGGAGAAUCCGGUAAUAAAAACUACUUUGGCGCCCUACAACUAUCCGCAAGAGACAUCAGUAACAUCAUGCACGACAGCAACAGGUGCUCACUACUCCAUUAUCACCACAUCAGCAACAGCUUUAAGCUCAACAACAACAGCAACUUCAUCCACUUCUGCUAAACCAAUCCAUGCACCUUCAACUCUCUUUCAAACCGCAACACGCAGUGCUGAAUGUAGCACCAAAUGUGUAGUACACACCAAAUACACUGAUCGCAACGUCAGCAACAGCAACGCACAAUACAAGAAUGCAAAUGCAAAACGAAAAAAAAGACUUUGUGCAAUCACAGCUAUGCUGAAAACAGUGAACCGACGCACCGGCUAUCCAUUUGGUGAAUCUUGCUCAAACGACUGUUAUAUAUAUCAAACAACAGGUAAAAAACCGAGUGUUAAGCGAAUAGAGGCUACUGGUGAUGCGCCAAUUCCGCAAUAUGGACCGGGAAUAGUUUUACACGAACAUUAUUUAUAUACGGUUGGGGGAACAACUGGCUAUGAUUACUCUUGUGAAGUGCAUCGCUUAAAUUUGCGCACACGAGUGUGGGAAUGCGUAUAUAUCUGUCGUCCAGAUAUACGCGAAGAUCCAGAGGGUCGUUAUCGUCACGAAGUUGUCUACGAUGGGCAAUACAUAUAUGUGCUGGGUGGUGGUACAUCGAAUUUAGUGUAUGAUUUACAACGCAUCCCUGCAUUUAAUUUAAUUACAAACCGAUGGGAAUAUUUCGUCACAUUACCCGAUCGAACAUCACAAACAAAUCUAACAAUCGAGCGACAAAAUUCCGGAUAUCCAAACCCACGAAAGUGCUUUUCCUGCGUACAGCACACGAAAUCGAAUGGUGAGGUCGAAGCAUUCAUUACGGGAGGCUUGCAGGCCGAUCAAGUAUAUUUUUCAGAUAUAUGGAGAUUAAAUUUUACUACUAAGCAAUGGACACUUAUAAAAACAGUCUCUCUACCAAAAGCUUUGUACUUCCAUGCCGCAGCGCACAGUCAAAAUGGUUGUAUGUACAUAUUCGGUGGUAUUGAAUAUGAUGAAAAACGUAUACGACGGUGCAAUGACCUUUAUAAAAUGUGGAUGACCAUACCAUUAUUAAGUGCAAUUUGCUGGGAGGCAGUGUUACAUUACAGACCAAAUCUCAAAUUGAAUGGCCACUCACAGCUGCUUAAAAUGGGCAUACCAUUGCGCUUUGCACAGAGAUUGUGGCAUUCUUCAAAAGCCAAAUGA